AUGGAUUCUGCACCCGAGGAAGCAGCAAAGUCCAUCCAUAUAUUUAACGCCUUCAAAGAAGAAAACAGAUAUUUCGACGAUGGCUUUUUUACGUUUACAAGCACGGAACAGAAGAGAGUAGAAGACUUAAUUGCUCAGGAAUGCAUGAAGUUUCAUGAUGAAUUUAUGGAUUCACCAGAAGACGAUGCACCGUUUGCGCCUGUGUUGUGGAGGACAUUACAUAGUCAUUACUUAAUGAAUAAUCUGAGAGAAUUUGGGAGAGGUGGAAUGAGCCUUUGGGCUUCAAAACCAUGGAUUUGUUAUUGGGGACUCCAUAGUUUGCGACUUCUAGAAGCUGAGUCCGAUGAGGAUUUGUAUAGUGCAGUAGUACGAUUUUUGAAAACUUGCGAAGCUCCUGGGGGCGGAUACGGAGGUGGCGCUGGACAGAUGGCUCAUUUGGCAACAACUUAUGGGGCUGUAAUGGCACUUGUCAGCAUAGGGACAGUAGAGGCACUUUCUAGCAUAAACAGGAAAACUUUGAAACAGUUUUUGAAAGAAAUGAAACAACCAGACGGGAGCUUCAAGUUACAUCGAGAUGGGGAGAUUGAUAUUCGAGGCAUUUAUUGUGCGCUUGCAGUGGCUUCAAUUACUAACAUUCUCGAUGAAGAAUUGGCUGCUAAUGCUGAAAGUUGGUUAAUUAGCUGUCAGACUUAUGAAGGAGGAUUUGGAGGAGAAAAAAGUUGUGAAGCACAUGGUGGCUACACAUUCUGUAGUGUUGCUUCACUUACAAUUCUUGGUAAAACGGCUUUAAUCCAUAUUCCAUCAUUACUGAAAUGGCUAACCAGCAAGCAAAUGAAAUUCGAAGGUGGUUUCCAGGGUCGGACUAACAAACUGGUCGAUGGCUGUUAUAGCUUCUGGCAAGCAGCUGUUUUUCCAAUGAUUGAAAUCAUUUUAAAGAGUUCUGGUGUAGAAGUAGAUCAGUUGUUUGAUGCCCAGGCACUUCAGGAGUUUAUCCUCAUUUCCUGUCAAGAUAAAUAUUUAGGAGGUUUGAGAGACAAACCUGAUAAGCCAAAAGAUGUGUAUCAUACCUGCUAUACAUUAAGUGGUCUUUCUGUCGCACAAGACUAUACUCCAGAUAACGUAGUAGGUGGCACUGCAAAUCGCUUGGCUCGGGUUUCUCCAGUCUAUAAUGUCACUUUAGAGGCAUUGAAGACUGCCAAUGAAUUUUUCCGGACUCCUUAG